GUAGCAGAACGGGCCCCGGUGAGAGCGCGUCUGGGGACACACGACGCCGGGUGGUGGCUGCGGCCCGAUCCUUACAGGCAGGUUUCGUGCCGGCCGACCGGUCGGCAGGGAAGAUGAGCCGAUUCCUCAACGUACUGCGCAGCUGGCUGGUGAUGGUGUCAGUCAUCGCCGCUGGGAACACCCUACAGAGCUUCCGCGACCACAGCUUCCUUUCGGAGAAGCUGUACACCGCCAGCCCCGGGCUCGUGAACGGGCUCCAGGCUCGGACCUUCGGCGUCUGGACCUUGCUGUCCUCAGUGAUCCGCUGUCUCUGCGCCAUUGACAUCCGCAACAGGACCCUCUAUUACCUGACGCUCUUCACCUUCUUUCUGGCCCUUGUUCACUUCCUCUCCGAGGUCUUCGUUUACCGCACUGCAGCCUUGACAAUUGGAGUUAUGGCACCCCUCAUGGUAGCAAGUUUCUCUAUCUUGGGAAUGUUGAUUGGGCUGCAGUACCUGGAGGUAGAAGCACUGUCACAAAACAAGAAGAAAAACUGAAAGCAAGGCCCUGUGUAGGUCAGCAUUGUCUGGUUUUACUACCAGACUUCCAUUAAAUCUCAGCUGAACUUCUCCAGAACUUCAGUCCCACUGGUGGAUCAAUGUUGGACUCUUUCAAUCAUUCUUCAUUACCAAGUGUUGAUUCUUGUCCAAGCAAUAUUUCAACAGACUGAUGUCAAAGACCAAGUCCCAGAGGACUUUGUGUAAGAGCUUGUGGAGAGGGGCAGUUUGGUGACUGCCUCCUUAGAGGAGAGCAGCCACUGUCCCGGGCAUGCCCAGUGCACUAAUUCCUAGUGUACUUGUCAGGAGGUGGUGUAGAGCUACCCAGGAUCCACUGAACACUUUGGACCAGAGAGAGUACAUGUGCUGCCCCUGGCACUACUGUGUAACUUGCAUGUGUGUGUUCUUCAGGGGCCAUUUCUAAUAAAUGACAGAAAUG